AUGGAAGAGGAGACGGCCGCCUUCGCAGACUUGUCGGAUUUCGAGUUCUUCGUCGCCAUACACCAGAAUUCCUGGGACAAACUGAGGCUGCCUCACAAGUUCGGGGAGCUGCUCGACGGCCGUGAGCCCCGUGAAUUGAAUCUUCGGGAGGCAGGCGGGGGGCGUCGCCAGUGGGACGUGGAGGUGGUGUUCGACGGCGAGGGUCACAUGUAUCUCGGGCGCGGCUGGGACCAGUUCGCCCGCGAGCACGACGUGCAGCUCGGUCACUUCCUCGUCUUCAGCUACGACGGCGACGCGGUGCUCACCGUCAAGGUGUUCGACGGAACCAUGUGCCGCAGGCACUACAAGCACGACGACGACGACGACUCCAGCGCGACGCCAAACAGCAUCGACAGUGGCAGCAAGAACAGCAUCUACACUGGCAGCAAGAACAGCGCCGACAGUGGCAUCAACAGCAGAAGCUCGGAGGAGAUGGACAUCGACGACGCGCCGACGUCGCAGUUCACCGUCAUGCUGAGGCAGUGCCACUUGGGCGCGAGGCAGAAGCAGUACCUGAACGUGCCGGUGGAAUUCCAGAACGCGCACGAGUACCACAAGAGGAGCGGGGUGGUUCUGCGGAUGCGCGGCAAGUCGUGGCCCGUGAACCUCAAGCGCAGCCUCCGGGCGGGUGGCAACCCCCGCAUGUCGCUCAGGUACGGGUGGCACCAGUUCUGCGUGGACAACCGCCUCGACGUCGGCGACACCUGCUUCUUCCGGGCGCUGCGCGGGGGCGACGCCGACCGCGGCGAGGACCACGUUCUCAAGGUGGAGGUGCGCAGGCGAGACGGUACCUUCGCGGACUGA